AUGGAAUACCUAGGCGUAUGGUUCGAUACAAAAAAUGUGUGGAGGACACAUGUCAAUUACUUACUACAGAAAUGUAGUAAGAGGAUCAACUUCUUGAUUCCACGCGACUCACGAACAUUCCUCCAAACUCCCACCCAAGUGUCAGUCGACGGGCUUCCACUUUUUAAGAGCUCGGCUACUCAAUUUUGGCCAGUUCUUAUAAAAGUGGAAGAAUUGCCAGACGCUCCGGUUAUGCCCGUAGCUAUUUUCUGCGGGCAAACAAAACCGGAGAGUGUCGAACAGUAUUUGCGGCCGUUUGUUCAGGAAAUGAACAUUCUUAUGGAAAGAGGCUUGAAAUUCGGCGAUAAAGAAGUACAUUUGUCCAUAAGUGCAUUUAUCGCCGAUUCUCCAGCACGGUCAUACAUAAAAUCAGUGAUGGGAUUUUCCGCCAAGCAUGGUUGCACAAAGUGUACCAUCCUAGGAGUACACAUCAAACCGGAAAAUAAAGUUAUCUUUGACUCCGUGCAUGCCGAAUUGCGUACGGACGCUGGCUUUCGGGCUAGAGAAGAUAAGGACCACCAUAAGGGAAUACGGACACCUCUUGAAGAUUUGCAAAAUGUAGAUAUGAUAGUCAAUUUUCCAGUUAGCGACCGUCUCCAUCUGAUUGAUCUGGGAGUUAGCCGCAAAAUUCUCAAAGGGUUGCUUAACAACACCUUUGAGCGUUUUGUGAUUUGUUUGAUCGUUUGGAAUUAG